AAAAUAACAUCGGACUACUAAUUUUUAAGCAAAAACAAAGUUGUAACAGACAAAACCAGUGUAUAAAACACUCUAAUGAGCGUAAAUUAGUUGUGACGACGCCAAAAUCGCCUCUUGAACCGUCACAACUGUCAAAACCGCAUUCUGUCAAACGAACACAUUGGAAAUAAACAAAUAAGUUUUAUCUCAACAAACGUGAAAACGUUCAAACAAAACAGUCUAAUAAGGCCACAAAUGGAUCCGUAUUCGUAUGCCGUUCUUAGAAGUCGACAAACAACGUUGGAGCAUUUUUAGGUCACGCUCACCAAUAUGGGCAAGAAAAUGAUACUGUAAAAUUUCGGCCAGCAUGUAACACAAGCCCCCCGAAACGGAACGGUGUACGAUGAAGACGAACAGGAAACGCAUCGCGGACCUGAACGACGUCAUCACAUGUAAAAUAUGCUCCGGUUAUUUUAUUGAUGCCACCACUAUUGUUGAAUGUCUACACACCUUUUGUCGCAGCUGUAUCGUUAAGUACUUGGAGAGGAACAAGUAUUGUCCAGUUUGUGAGGUGCAGGUGCACAAAACGAAACCCUUGUUGAGCAUUAAACGGGAUAAAACCAUACAGGAUGUUGUUUAUAAAAUUGUCCCGCGUUUGUUUCAUGAUGAGAUGCAAAGGCGUAAAGACUUUUAUGACAAGCAUCCUGAAUCAAAACCCUCACAACUUGAGCAGACUGUUGAGAGUAACUAUCAACAUAUUUUGUCACCUGAGGAGUGUGUCAGUUUGACUCUCACACACUAUGGGUGUGAAGCAACAAUGAGGUAUUACAGAUGUCCGGCUGCUGUUACUGUCGGACAUCUACAACACUUAAUUAGGGGAAAAUAUGAGUUGGAUACAACACACAAGGUGGAGGUUUUGUACAAGCAAGACCAGCUGAGCCCAGGUUUAACUCUCAUGGAUGUAGCCUACAUUUACACAUGGAAAAAGAAAAGUCCCAUAGAUCUGAUAUACAGAAUAUACGAAUGUGCGCCCAAAAAACCCAAACUGGAGAACACAGACAUGAAGGAGACGAAUCAAAACAACAACACGUGGCGCGAGGUGCAGCUAAGGAUAAGUGAGAAUGGCGAGAUGUCCAUCACAGGUAUCCACGACGACUUGUUGAAAAUGGUGGAGGAGAAGGUAGUCAGUACCGAUAGUGAAACAGUGAUAACAACCAUCCCAAGGACUGAAUUACCGGUGACCGUUACCACGAGUGUCGCGUGUCUGUCGUCGGGCACGACGACCACCGUUUUCAGUACCAUAAACAAAACUAAAUGUUCAGUGAAGAGUGACAGUGAUGUGACGAAACCGGACGAUAAACCGGCCCCGGAAACGACGAUCACCAACAACAACAAUCACGUGGACAGGAAAAGGAAGAGUGAGGGCGUCAUCCAGGAGGACGAGCCGAAGCCUAAACUCGUGAAGGAAACGCAGGCAGCUGACGAACCGGUGAAAAAAGUCGAGGAGAAGGUGGAGCAGCCCGUCAACAACGUGCCCGUGUCCAACAAUAACACUGUGACCUCCACUGAAUCUCAAGCACCUAAACCGAAACCGGAACCGGAGAAGCCCGAACCAGUUAAAUCGGAGCCGGAGCCAGUGAAGCCCGAAGCCCCACCCCCUAAACAGGAGGCUCCCGCCACUAAACCCAGCGUUCCAGUUUCGAGGCCCGGAACGCCCAUUGUUACGGUUGCUAAAAGUGUAUCGCAACCUUGUUACAUGCCCAAGCCACCUGGCAAUCCGGCUAGUCCAGUGAAAAUAAACAAAACCGAACCGAAGGUGGUGGCAAAAACGACGAGUGCCACUAAGCCGACUGCUCAGGCGCCGACACAGGCCAUGCCCAUGACUCCGCCCAAAAUUGUGAAGUCAAAGCCGUCUACACCCAUUGGCUACAAGACGCUGCGAGACCCCCCCAAAUCGUGGAACUCGCAGAUCUCGAAGGCGAACAACUUGAGUACCAACAAGCCGCCGGCCACGUCCGCCGCCGACACGAAAACGUCCGGCGAUCCGAAAAAUGCAAAGCCCGCCAAGUUCUUCAAGAUUCGCAACAAUACGCCUCGAUAUCUAGGCAAUCCGGCGUCCGGCGUCAAACCCAUGUACAAAGUGCACGUCAGUCCCGAACAGGACAAAACUGAUAAAACCAGCACGACGUCGAGUGGCGGCAACGAAAUAAAGCGUCACUCGAUAGUGAAAAUCGAUCCAAAAACGUUGAAGCCCGUGUCGCAGAAGGCGCCCGAAGAGUCCAACUUGAGCAACAAUUCGACGGCCAGUGUUCCAACGACGCCCGUAACGACGUUGUCCGAUUUGAAGAUAAGUACGAGUUCGGUGCCGAUUUUCAGGCCGCUGUUGAACCAUUCCAGCACCGUGAGUGCGUCGCCCAAAAGCAACAACGGUUCCAACAGUCCCGGGGGAGGCAAUAAACAAACGACUAAAUCGACGUCGUCGCCGACGAAGUCGACGACCAGUCAGUCGUCGUCCAGUACGACUCCAAAGCGGGACGGGCCGCCCAAGCAACAACAGCCGAAUUUAAGUUUCACGCCACCGAAUCCGUUCGUGCCCAACUUGGCGUCGCCUACCCUAAGUCCCAGUCACCAUCAGUUCUUGUUCGGGCCCCCGCACCACCAUCCCGGCUUGUCGCACUACGAUCCACGCAUGUUGGCGGCCUACCAAAGCUUCUGGUACAGCCAGCGGAUGUCGCAAUACGCCAGGCUGGGCUUGGACAUAAACCAGGCUAGUGGGGCGGAGCAGAACAAGGCCACACCCACCACGCAGGCGUCCAAACCGAGUCAGCCGCAGCAAACGACGGUGAAGAAGCCCACGUCCACGAAAGAACCCUCACAAAAAGCGGACAAGAGCCUUCACAACACGGUGGAGAAGCUGGUGCAGAACAGGACGAAGGAGAUCCUCAAAGCAUCGCCCCAGAACCAGGAGGAGAAACCGAAAACGGGUCAGGACAAGGCGAAGGAGGUCGACGUGAAAGACGGUGGGGAGCAGCCGAAAACCGACGGCAAGUAGAAGAGUUUGCUCAAUUUAUUUUCUUAUUCAAAAUUUUAACAUUUCGGAUAAAACAAGUGCCUAAAUCGACAAAUCUUCGUUUUUAUAUUUUAAAGGAUAUGUAUAUUUUUUCGUUAUUUAUUAAUGAGUGCCUUUUCGUACUUGGAGGAGUGGAACACAGGAUGUAACACCAAAAUGGGUUAGUUUAUUGUUUCUCUUAAAUACUCUCAAUUAAAUUGUAGUUGGUAGGUUCAGCUGGUUGCAUUUUUUGAACCGUAAAAAAACUUAAGUAAACCUGCAGUAAAAUGUACAUAGUGUUAAAGCGGUCACUUUCCUUUCGGGAUUGUGUGAUCCUUUUCAAAUAUUUAUGAAUCUGCGUCCGUUUCGAUUAGUCCAGGAGUCGAGUGUAGACGGUAAAUUUUAACGAGAUGACGUUUUCCAAAUUACCAAGGCUGUGAUUUCUUCCACUGUUUUCGAAAUUGAGUUUUUGGUUGUUUUUUAUUUUAAAUGGUGGAACGGACGCCGAUUUCGUUUGAUUUAUUUUGUUUGAUUUGUAUCUUCGAAGGUUUAUUAAUGUAGUUUUAAUAGGUUUUAAUAUUUUCUAAUUGUAAAGUGAAGAUUUUAUCCGUUGUACAUUGUAAAUAUUAUAUUGCACAGAUUUACUAAGUCUAAUAAAUACUAUUUAUAGUUUAACAUUGUUUUAUUUGACCCUUCCUACAGAAUUGAACAAAAAACAUCAUUAAUUUAGCACACAAUUGUUUUAACUUACAAAAUAUCAUAAAACCAUUUAUUUAGUAUCACUACAAUAAAUUUUAGCACAUCAAAUAGUUGAUAUUAAUGAAAAACCUUCAGCUAUCUUAAAUGAUUUUAUUCACCCACGGUAUUAAUAAUUAAUUAACAAAUUACAUAAAUCUACAAUAAACCAACAGCUUGUUCACUUAAGCUUGGAGAACAAGUCCUUGGUAACGCAGUGA